AGCGAUGCAGAGCCCGACCACUGCCUCCCAGACCUGUCCAAGAAGUACAACAUUCCCAACCUUACAGUACUCUCCAAAUACACCUACAAGAUAUACACAUCAGUGCAGCAAGUAACGGAAAACGUAAUUGACGCCGAGCACACCCACUAUGUGCAUGCACAUUUCAUCAGGGGCGUGUUGAGCACCAAGUUUAUUAUAACGGGCGAUGGCACUGAGGAUAGCCCGCUGGUCAUAUUGAUCGAGCUAUAUCUAUUUAGCCGCAAAGCGACCACCAUGCAUCUGGAGCAAAGGGCGUGCACACCCGCAUACGCCGAGUGCCACAUCAAAUACAUCGGUAUACCAAAGGUUACGCCCGCGAUGUUUAUCUUGUCGGGUAUCAGUUUAUCGUCAGAAAGGACGCUCGUAUACACCCGAUUUCUGGGCACUCCUACUCUAUGGAAUCAAAUUGUACUAUGGUUAUUUCACCGCAUGUUAACGACACAGGUUCGGGAUGAUGGUUUAAUCUGGAGCAAUCUCAACUCUCCAUCACAGCCUAUAUUUACCAAAAAUGAUACCGUUAUCGCCCGCACCCGACGGAUGUUGACUAAGUUUUACGAUUAAUCAUUAUUCUAGUUAUAUAAGGGC